GGCCAGAAGGCUUGGGGGCGUAAAGAGCCUGUGGGGUCCUCAGUAUAGCGCUGUGCACAAGAUCAAAACUCAUUGGCAGAAGAAAGUAGAGGGUGCAAAGCUUCUCAGUCUCAGUGUACUCCAAGAAGGAAGGAAGGGAGAUAUUUCUGGCAUCCAAAGGGGAUUUGAUAUUUGCACACAACGAUGAAAACGUCUGUUGGGAUUUGCAUUGUUUUCUGUCUUGCAAUAUUUGGACUGGGCUCUGCGCUGCAGUGCUAUAAAUGUAAAGACUACACGGGGAGCUGCUCCAAGGUCAAAGGCUGUGGCUGGGAGGAUGCCUGCCUGACCCUGAAGGAGAGAGGUGGCUUGAUCUACCGCCAGUGUAUCAAGUACUCCGACUGCGAUUACAACCGGCUCUCCCAGAUGUUCCCCUCAGUGGCCAGCUUCACGUACAGAUGCUGCAGCAGUGACCUGUGCAAUGCGGCCCCUCUCACCGCUGCAGGCAAGCCUCUGCUGGGUCUGCUGGCGUCCCUGGCCGUCUUCUGGUGGUGUGUCCUCUAACCAGCCCGGCCCGGCCAGCAGACAUCCAAACAGUGUUGCAGAUGGAGCAGCGAUUCGGGGAAUGACUAAUCGCAUCCUUGCUGCCUUUCCUGUCUGAUUUGUGCACUAGGCUUUGUUUGUAUGUGAAUGGGAAUAUGCAUUAAUUUUAUACGUCUAAAAUUGACAUUUUUGUUUGCAAAUGAAGUCUGCGUACUUCAGAAAACACAAGGCGUAGAUAUGUGUGGCUUUGUGAAGAUAGCUUUAGUAAGGGAGUGCUGUGGCACUCUAAGUUUCAGCUAAAUGAGUAAAGCUCACACAGAACAUAGUGUAUGCACUACUGCAGUUAUUAAGGAAGUGACAGGAUAAACUUGCACAUAUGGCAAAAAAUAAUCUUUAUAUCUGCACAUGCGUGUUAUUUGCUGUAUUUUGUAAAGACGUUUGUGUUGUUUUAUGAACCACCUGCCAUUACCAAACCAUUUUCAUUCUUCGCCCUACUCUUAAUUCCUAAAUAUUGCCUUUCUACCCUAUUAAAAUAACAAAAAAGUA